UAUGUCUAACCCGUUUGACGAGCCAAGUUCAAGUUCCCGAAACUACUCCCGACCCAGAACAUCGUACAACUACCGAGACCACCAAGCUGUCCAGGAACAAUGUCAGGAGAAACAGAAGAAUAUCGAGGACAGCACCACUGAAUCCCUCCGAUUAGUCCAGGAAACAUUGAACAUGGGAGCUGCAACAGCUGCUGAACUAGAGGGUCAGGGGAAACAGAUAGACAAGAUCCAUGACAACCUGGUGGAUAUAAACCAGUCAGUGAAGAAGAGCGAGCAUCACGUGAGGGGGAUUAAGAGCAUAUUCGGGGCCCUGUGGAACAGAGCAACAGGUCCUCCGAAAGAGCAAGUCAACAUUCCUAAAGUAGAACCAGUAGCAGCUCCACCACGCCCAGCCGCAGGACCAGGGAGAGAUGUGAGAUCUGGCCCAGUGUUCACACAGGAGAAACACAGGCUGGACACAGACCGGACACACGACAAUUUGCAGCAGAUAGGUGUGGGUGUACAGAGCAUGAGGGAAAUGGCGCUAGCUAUGGGAGGGGAACUGGAUAGGCAGAACAAGAAACUAGUAGAUGUGAAUCAGGAGGCUGAUAAGGCUAAUCUUGGGGUCAACAAGCUUACCAAGGACAUGAACAAGAUUAUAGCCAAAUCUUAAUGAUAUGUACCGUAGAGAUUAAUUUCUAGAUUUCUGUGGUCGAUAGAUAAGUAAUGAUUUUGAUCUGAUAUUUCAUGUAUUACAUCAUUUUUUCUGGGUCAUAGAUGUUGAUUGUUGCUGCUGGCUGGUUUACAGCAUACUAUACAUUUGUAAAAACUCUUUUCAUACAUGAGGUUGAUUUUUGUAUUAACCAUUUAAUUUUGAUUUGUAUUUUAGGUCAUAACAUCUACCUUCGUAGACCUUCGAGAAAAGUUCAGUUUAUUUUGACAUCAAUUUCCAUACUGCUUUUGAAUUGGUAUAAAAUUUUGUUAAUUUCAAAGUGUUGAAGCAAAACUGUUGAGAGCGAAUAUCAAGAUACAAUAUUUUAACAAAACUUUAAAAGUUUAAACAGCUAUGUGCAAAUUAAACUAUUAACUUUCCAUGAGAUCUUUUUUUGUAUCGAUAUUAUAAGUUAAGUCAAACCUUACUUGCACGCUACACUUCAAUCUUUAUAAUAUAAUAUAACGAUGGUAUUGAUAUUAUGUUGUUCAAUAAUUAUAUAUAUAUAUAAUACUGCAAAAUUAAAUACUAUUUGAGAUGAAAUAAUACAUUUUGAUUUUUAUAAAUCCAA